AUGCCGGCGGCUUCCGCUAUCUCAACGAUGUGCAUACCGAAGAACCUCAGGCGCUUCAUCCGCCGCCGCCAGACAACGGUAGUUGCACAGGUAGCAAAUAAAGUCUAUCACCUAUACACACACAAAGCAGACAAAGAAAGAACGAUUGCAGUCGGUGGCCGCAUGAUAGCCCGGUUGCCAGGACGUCUUGGGGUGGUGUGUUCGCCAGUCUUUCUCAUUGAGGAGCGGCAGUGUGCUGGUCUUCGUGUGGAGGCUUUCCGCCGUUCCCACACACACAGAGACAGACAGACAGAAACAGCCCUGCUCUUCCCUUCCUUGUUUGGAGGAAAUCGUCAUUGUUGUCCGGCCAUCAGGCCGGGGGAUGUGAAGAGAACCGAAGUACCUCCAACUGGGUCAGUCCUGCGAACGCUGGCACUGUCAAAAGACUGUGGCUGUGCGGCGCCAAUUAAUCCUACCUCCUGUUGUCCUCGUUCCGGUGAUGAUGUUGGUGGUGAGAGAACGAAGUUAGCCUGCAAUCAGCGAGGCGUUAUCGUUUUGGGUCUUCAUGAUUUCCGACAUUUGCCGAUACCCGAUCUGGAGGACAAUAUCAAAAAGCUGAUUAAGUUGCCUUUGGCCGUCCUAUGA